CAACCCACCCUCCCAUCAUGCUAUAUAACAGUGCCUGAUAGUAACCAUGCAGAAAAUAGCUCUAACAAGAACUGCUGAUGUACGGCUCUUCCUUAAGAGGAAAUAAUGGCCUCUCAAAUAGCAAUGGUGUUGCUAUCACUGGACAGUGAAGAAGUCGGCUCACUCAAAGAGGGAGUCAAUUUAAAGAAAAACCCAGAGGACGGUAAAUGCUACAUCAUAUACAAGAGCAACACUGGCCUUAAAGCGUGCAAGAACCAAUGCAAACACCAAGGAGGGUUAUUCAUCAAAGACAUCGAAGAUCUGGAUGGCAGGAUUGUUAAAUGCACUAAACACAACUGGAAGUUAAAUGUGUCCACAAUGAAAUAUGUGAAUCCACCAGACAGCUUUCUGCAGGAUGAGCUAGAAGUAGAGAUCUUGGAUGAUGGGGGGCUUCAGUUGGUCGAGUUGAGCCCCAUGGACCCCUGGCUCGCUGACCCUCGAGAGCCUCUGGAGCUCCAGGAAGGAGAAGUGAAAGUGACGUACUUCACCCACGCCUGCAUGGAGCUGCAGCUCGGACAGAGGCGGUUCAUGUUCGACCCUUGGUUGAAGGGUCCUGCAUUUGCCAGAGGCUGGUGGCUCCUCCAUGAGCCUCCAGCAGACUCACUGGACAGACUGUGUGCAGCGGAUCUCAUCUACAUCAGCCACAUGCACUCUGACCACCUCAGUUACCCCACACUGAAAGUCUUGUCAGAGAGGAGGCCAGAUGUCCCCAUUUAUGUUGGUGACACAGUGAGACCUGUCUUUUGGUAUUUGGAGCAAAGCCGAGUCAAGCUGACCAACAUCAACAUUGUUCCUUUUGGUGUCUGGCAAGAUAUUGACGAACACCUGAGAUUCAUGAUCCUGAUGGAUGGUGUACAUCCUGAAAUGGACACCUGCAUCAUUGUUGAAUAUAAAGGUCACAUGAUCCUGAACACUGUGGACUGCACCAGACCAAACGGGGGCAAGCUGCCUCUGAAUGUGGACUUAAUGUUGAGUGACUUUGCUGGGGGUGCAUCUGGAUUCCCCAUGACCUUUUAUGGAGGGAAAUACAGUGAUUCCUGGAAGGCAGAGUUUGUCAAGAAUGAAAGGAAGAAGCUGCUGAAUUACAAAGCUCAGCUGGUGAAGUCCCUGAAGCCGAGGAUCUACUGCCCAUUCGCUGGCUAUUUUGUGGAGGCUCAUCCAUCAGACAGAUACAUUAAGGAUACAAAUACUAAAAACAGUGCAGAGGACCUCAAUGCGCUCAUCAAUAAGCAUGCACCAGACAUCAAGACAUGGACGCCAAAGCCAGGCGCUGUGCUGGACCUCGGCCUCGCUCUGAGAGACCCCACACAUAGUGAAGCCAUCACCAAUCCCCCAGCCAGUGCAAAAAUCUACAAGGACAGCUGGGAUUUCGACUUGUAUGUGGAUGAACUGAACAGCGCCAUCACCUCUGAGAUAUUUAAACAUCGAAGCUGGAUCCAGUUUUAUUACACCUGGGCAGGCUUUCAAAACUACAACCUUGUUGUGCGGGUGAUUGAGACAGAUGACGACUUUGAACCCCUUACUGAUGGCUACGACUACUUGGUGGACUUUAUGGAUCUGUCAUUCCCCAGCAAGAGGCCUGACAGAGAGCACUGCUACGUAGAGAUUAAAAACAGGAUUGGGGUGAUGAGAUACGUGGUGCUGCACGGCCUUCUCUGGGAUGACCUGUACAUCGGCUUCCAGAACCGCAUAAGCCGAGACCCGGAUAUCUACCACCACAAGUUCUGGAACCACUUCCAGAUAGAGCUACCGGUUCGCAGGCCAGACUGGGACCAGUUCCUGCUGCAGGAGACUUCCAAACAGGAGCCUGACACACCACAGGAGCAAAACAAAUGGAGCUACUGUGAAGUGUUAUGAAUAUGGAUUAUUGGUGUGUGGAAAUCAAGUAACUGUUUUGGUUCUGUUUAAUUUACAUUCACAAUUUAACUUACAUACCAGCCAGGUAAUUACAUCUUCUUUGAUUAGGUUGCACGUUGAGAAAACAAGCGAAGAGUGAAACAGAAAAAAGAGCUAAAAACACAUGAGAUAAACUGACACAUGGCUCAAUUAUUUCCAUCUGUCUUUAAAGGACCAUAACUCUGAUUUAGCAUGUAUCCAUCAAUUCUUACAUGGUAUAAAAAAAUCACUAAACAGACUCAUUUAGUUACAAUCUAUCACAGUGAACAUCAAGUUGCGACCAAUUUUACAUUCUCAAAAUAACAUUAUCAUUGUGUGGUAAUGCAGUUUAAAUUGAGCCUAUGGAACUUUUGAUAAAAAAUCUUUUUCUUACAAAUGGGAAUUAAAAUUCAAGAGCAAUAACACAAUUCAUCAACUUGAUCAAUUUAUUUUGCUGCUACAGUCUUUAUUUUGUCUGGUGUGACCAGUAGCUUAUGGUAGCUGCUGUUAGAAAACUUUAGUGUGAUAUUGCUGUGUAACUGACAUUACCCAGUCAAUUUGACUUUUUACUUCAGCAUGUCACAGAAAAACAUUUAAACAUUUUUGUUGGCUUUGUUUUCACAAAGACAUAAGAACAGCACACAUCACCUGGAGACACCUUUCCUGUAUGUGUUCAAUUUUCUUCCAUCCAAUAUAUAAAAAUUAAACAUUUUACAUGAUGGGCAGGUUCAGAAUUCAAGAUGAGUCAUUAAAAAAAAUUACAGAAAGAUAAUAUAGAAUAUAGAAUUACCAUACACGGAACAGUAAAGUAUGUGUUUUAUGUAGUUAAUCAGCUAAAUUAGCAUAUGGAGCAGAUGGCGCAUGGAUAAGAUGCUUGCCUUUGGUGUGGGUUCAAUUCCCACUGUGAGAUAUCACAGAACACAGUGUGUUCCUGAGCAAGACAUUUAACACUUAACCCCUAGUUGUUCCAGAGGCAGGUGACCUCUGACAUGUAUAGCAAUUGUAAGUCGCUUUGGAUAAAAGUGUCAGCUAAAUGAUUACUGUACCCCUUUAAGUGAAGGAUCACAAUAUACAAAUGUUCAAUACUACAACUAUAUCAUUAUAUAUUAAUUUAUCAUUAAUAAUAAAUGGAUGCACUGUCGAUUGAAAACAAUAGUGGUAAAAAUAUGUUGUUCUUUGUUGAGCACUUAUCAGAUAUUGUGUGUGCUGGUCCUGUGACCUACUAAAAAGUGGAAGUGGUUUCUAGUUUCAAUGCACUUAUUGUAAGUCGCAUUGGACAAAGUGUCUGCCAAAUGAAAAUAAUGGAAUUUAAUGCUUUGGUGUCAGAAGUCUAAACAUGGUGUUGUGAAAGCUUUAUCACAAUGGAUAUAUAUGUAUAUUUUACCUAAUCACAUUUUAAAAAGCAAGAACAC